AUAUCGAAAAAGCUAUACUAGAUAUUCUAAGAGCAGGUAUAUAUUAUAGAAAACCGAAAAAUAAAGGUUUCAUGAGCUGGUAUAAAAAGCAGUUAGAAGAAUUACGUGGAUCAGAAGAUCCAGAAAUACAC